AUGUUACUCCCAUCAACACCAGGAUUGGGGAUGAACGGAUUAGGAGAGGCCCUACCGCCUACUCCACAAAGGGAACCAUCGCCCACACCAGAGUUGAGUGAACGCCGCAAUCCAGGACAACAAUGCCGAGUGGGAAAGGCGAUUCCUACAAAGAGAUGCAGAAGUUGCCGGCUUGCGAAGAAGGCUCGCAAUGCAGCCAUCACAGCAGCAGACGGUGUCAUGCACCAAAGUUGA